CACGCGUCGGUCUCGCGGCUGCGCUCAGGUCCAGAAACCGAGGAGCGGGCGUCUCUCCGGCGGCGCGCUCUCCCCAUCCCUCUGCUUCACAGGAUGGAAAGUGAGCUCACCAAGCUGCGCUUCGUCCUCUGGUCGACACUUUACGGCGCCAUAGUCUCACGGUGACACUAUUCCCGUUUUCACUUGGGGAACUUCGUUCCUGCUGCUCAUUUAACUGACACGCCUUUUUAAGGGAAGAAAAAAAAAGAGAAUACAACACGACUGAAGCGGAACUACACUGCAGUGAAACAAGGUCGCCUUUUUGGAUGGAGAAUUUCCGAUCGUUGGUGACUGAGCUGAAGUCAAGCUGGUUGUGAAGGCGCAGGAUUUGUUGGCCCCUACACCCCAGGUCGGAGAUAGCAUGGCAGCGGGAGUGGCGGCGUGGCUUCCCUUUGCCCGGGCGGCAGCCAUUGGCUGGAUGCCUGUGGCGAAUCUGCCCAUGCCUGUGGCGCCAACUGAAAAGAACAAACGUCAGGAUGAGUUAAUCAUUUUAAAUGUUAGCGGACGGCGCUUCCAAACGUGGAGGAACACAUUGGACCGCUAUCCGGACACCUUGCUUGGGAGCUCUGAGAAAGAGUUCUUCUACAACGAAGAGACCAAAGAGUACUUCUUCGACCGAGAUCCCGACGUGUUUCGCAGUGUGCUCAACUUCUAUCGCACCGGCAAGCUCCACUACCCUCGCUAUGAGUGCAUCUCGUCCUAUGACGAAGAGUUGGCUUUCUUUGGCAUCAUCCCGGAGAUCAUCGGUGACUGCUGCUAUGAAGAGUACAAGGACAGGAAGAGGGAGAAUGCAGAGCGUCUGAUGGAUGACCAAGAGGACAACAAGGACGCUAAGCUGCCCAACAUGACCUUCAGGGAGACCAUGUGGCGGGCUUUUGAGAACCCGCACACUUCCACCAUGGCCCUGGUCUUCUACUACGUCACGGGAUUCUUCAUCGCAGUCUCUGUCAUCACCAACGUGGUCGAGACGGUGCCCUGCGGCUCGGCGCUCAAUAAGAAGGAAGUGCCAUGCGGCGAGCGCUACACGGUGGCCUUCUUUUGCAUGGACACGGCGUGCGUCAUGAUCUUCACCGUGGAAUACCUGAUGCGCUUAUUUGCCGCGCCGAGUCGCUACCGCUUCAUGAGGUCCGUCAUGAGCAUUAUCGAUGUGGUGGCCAUCUUGCCCUACUACAUCGGCCUGGUGAUGACUGACAACGAGGACGUCAGUGGCGCCUUUGUGACGCUGCGAGUUUUCCGAGUGUUCCGUAUCUUUAAGUUCUCCCGCCACUCGCAGGGCCUUCGCAUCCUGGGCUACACGCUCAAGAGCUGUGCCUCAGAGCUGGGAUUCCUGCUCUUCUCCCUCACGAUGGCCAUAAUUAUAUUUGCUACUGUCAUGUUCUACGCAGAGAAGGGUUCAACCUCCAGUAAAUUUACCAGCAUCCCAGCCUCCUUCUGGUACACCAUCGUUACUAUGACAACACUUGGGUAUGGAGACAUGGUUCCAAAAACGAUUGCAGGGAAGAUCUUUGGUUCAAUCUGCUCUUUGAGUGGGGUGCUGGUAAUCGCCCUGCCUGUUCCUGUCAUCGUGUCCAACUUUAGUCGCAUCUAUCACCAGAACCAGAGAGCUGACAAACGGCGGGCGCAGAAGGUACAGAAAGCCCGCUUGGCCAGGAUUCGAAUAUCCAAGACAGGAAGCUCCAGUGCCUUCCUCCACAGCAAGCGCAAUGGCCUCUUCAACGAAGCAUUGGAGCUCACGCAACUUCCGUACAAGAUGAACCUCUCUGAUCAGGGUUCUACUGAGGAGGAAAAACGCUUAAGUAAGUCUACCUCUCUACUAGAGAGCCAGCACCAUCACCUGCUGACCUGUCUGGAGAAAACCACCAACCACGAAUUUGUGGAUGAGCAGUACUACCAACAGAGCUACCUGGAGGCGGGACUUCAGAAUUACUCGUCUCGAAGCCCGUCUCUCUCCAGCCAAGAGGGCGUCACGGGCACUUGCUGCACCCGCAGGAGCAAGAAGCAUCACAGCCCUUUACCGAAUUCCAGUGAGCCGGCACACAUGCAGCCUUUGACGCACGCACGCCAACAAGGCUUGCAGGAGCUCAGCACCAUCCAUAUUCAGCCCCUCAGCACCAGCCGCUCCAGUUUGAACAUGCGCAUGGAUGAGCCAGCACCUCUCAAUUGCCAGGGCAGCCAGAUCACCACAGCGAUCAUCAGCAUUCCCACACCACCGGUGACCACCCCUGAGGACGACGCCCGUCUUCCAGCAGGAGCCACCCACCAGAACGUUGUGAAGGUGUCCGCACUGUGAACGAUGCAGGCUUUGUCACGCUCAGAGACUCAUGAGGCUGACUGAUGGACAAGAGGAUGACCCUGAAAGAUAGAGAGGCGUUGUGGUGUUCAGAGACUUAGUUUUGUCUUGGUGGAGCCUUCCCUCUGCUGGUCAUGUACUGUCACAACAUUAACUCCUUGUGCAGAAGAGGGAUGGCGUUUAGAUACAGUGCACCCAUGUACAUGUUGAGUGUGUGCGCGUGUGUGUAUGUGUGUGUCACUGAGCACAAAGCACCUUUUUAUGAUUUUUGCAUCAGUUUGACUCUUCCAUAAGCAGGAGAUGGAAGCUGAUCCAGAAAGAAUCAAAAUUAUCUAUUGCUCUGCCCUUUUACUUGGUGUCAUUCUGGUUCAUUGCUGAUGAACACGUGCAGGUUGUCACCAUUCCUGAUCACUUUCAGUAUCAACCCACUUGAGCGGGGGUGGAGUACAUAUGAUAUGUAUACUGUAUCUGUAUUGCCAGCAAAUGUGUUUCAUAGUUGUGAAUGUGUGUGUGUGUGUGUGUGUGUGUGUGUGUGUGUGUGUGUGUGUGUGUGUGUGUGU